AUGUCACCCAGAAUCUCGCGCUCUCAGCGCUUAAUGGUCGUCAUUGCAAUUUCCUCUGCCUUCUUUGUGUCGGAGAUCUCAGUUGGUUUUUACACACAUUCCCUGGCUUUGGUGGCCGAUGCAUUCCAUUACUUGAGCGACCUGAUAUCCUUCAUUGUUGCCUUUCUAGCUCUCAGAGUAUCUGAGGCCGAUGACUCGCCCAAAGCACUCUCUUUCGGAUGGCAGCGAGCCCAGUUGUUGGGCGCCUUUUUCAACGGAGUCCUUCUGUUCGGGCUCGGUAUAUCGGUCUUUCUGCAGUCCAUUGAGCGAUUUAUCUCGAUAGAGCGCGUCGAGAAUCCUAAAUUCAUGUUUAUCAUGGGUUCUAUCGGCCUAGGACUCAACCUGAUCAGUGCGACCUUUCUUCAUGAGCAUCACCACCAUGGACAUGAUCACGACCAUCCAGCUCGAGCCAUGAUAGAGGUCCCGGCGUCAAGCACAGAAGAUAGCGAUGGGCAAGAGAGGCCUGAAAGUCCCGGGCAUGACAAUCAUAAACAUGUUCUACACACAGCUCAGCCCGUCGCUCAUUCACACGACCUGGGAAUGAUGGGGGUUUUGGUCCAUGUUCUCGGCGACGCAGCCAACAACCUUGGAGUGAUGGCCGCGGCAUUGGUGAUCUGGCUGACCCAUUACGAGGGUCGGUACUAUGCUGAUCCAGGAACGACUAUGGGAAUCUCAAUCAUGAUCAUCCUCUCCUCGUUCCCGCUUAUGCGACGAGCCGGUCUCAUCUUACUUCAGAGCGCACCGAAUGGAGUCGAUGCCGAAGACGUGAAGCAUGACUUGGAAAAGAUCCCCGGCGUGUUGUCGGUUCAUGAGCUUCACAUUUGGCAGUUGAAUCAGCAGAAAACACUAGCAUCUGUCCAUGUAAUGGUGUCGGACAGCUCGGUCCCGGCCUUUUUGAGGUUGACCAAGACGAUCAAUGAAUGUUUCCAUGCAUAUGGAAUUCAUUCAACCACAAUCCAGCCAGAGGUGGUGCAUCCGGGAGCGAUCAGCAGCCUAGAGUCAGAGGGAUUAGAGAAAUGUCAAGUCGUAUGUGGAACAAUGUGUGCAGGAUUGACCUGCUGCGGAUAG